UGCCUCUUUGGAUUUGUCCUUUCUGAAUACUUUUUAUUUACUUCAACUGGUCUUUGGAAUAUUAAUCAGACACUCUUUUAUUCCGUCCGGCUAUUUUCGCCUUCAAAAUUCAUUUAUUUUCUUCUCGCUGCCUAUUUAAUUUGAACCAGUUAAGAUGCGUAAUUAGUAUUUCAAUCUUUCCUCCAAUCCUCUCUUCCUCCCUCCCUCCUGUAGCUAUCUCUCUCUUUCUCUCUCUCUCUCUCUCUCCCUCCCUCUUCCGCACUCUAUUUCUCACUCGCACAAAUUCUACAUGUCUCUGUCGCUACGGCAACCAAUGCUUUUCCCCACUUCCAGGCGCUAAGCCUCUCUCCCACUCCCUUCUUCAGUGGCAUGAGGUAGGCAUGUGAGUCCAUAUCUGUCUUGAGAGUGAGAAUCUGCAUGUUUUCAAGUGUGUGUAGAUGUGUUGCCUGGAAGUCAGAGUAUGCCGUAAAUCUGGAUACAGAUGUUGAGUUUUGUUUGAUGGCUCGGGAUGAGGCUUAACGUAGGGAACGCAUCCACAGGUGUGUUCGCACUCGUUUGUGAGAGUGUUUUUCUGUUGAUCUUGCGCUACGGUGUGUGAUCUGGUGGUUUGGUUCUUAAUGAUAUGUGUAUUUUUAUCCGUGUUGCCUACAGCCAUCUGUUUAUGGUCUUUUAGUCGGUGUCAAGACUGAAACCUCUCCCUUCCAGCUCUCCUCUCUUUUUGUCAUUCUCAUUUCAGAGAUGAUCGGAGCAGCGAGGAGCCAGUGAACAGGCAGAAGCGAUGGAGCGAUGCUCCAUCUAUCCCCACAUUGGAUUCUUUCCCCUUUGGAGCUUCCUGCUGGUCACUGUAAUUUUUUGCACUGCCACCGGUGACACAGAUGACAGAAAGUGGGAGGAGUUGGGCGAAAUGCAGAUGCCAGUCACCGCACAGGCCAGCACCACUCAGCUCUGGGCGGUGGACUGGGGUCCCACGCAGCCUCUGGAGGACGAAACCCAUCACGUCCUGUCCAGCCUGGAGACAGAGGGUCUGAGGGUGACCCCAUCUCAGGACUGGACGCAUCAUCGGAGUGCGGCCACCAAUCAGACGCAGCGCCCAACUACUGGAGAGAGGGACAAGAUAGAGACAGAGGAGCCGGACACCAAGGAAGUGGACCCACAGUUUUAUGUGACGGUGACAAUUUCAUCUCUGCUGAUUCUCACUGCGGUCAUCAUCUCUGCUAAACUCUGUUACGACCGCAGUCUCUCCCAGCGUCCUCCACCUCUCUCCCUCGCCAUCCCUCGUUCCAUAGCUCAGGAGGACAGCAGGCAGACACUGCACAGCACUCCAUCCUUCUCCGACAGAGAGAGGAUACCAGUGGUCAAUCUUUGAAGAGCCGACUUUUCUGAGCAUGGUAAUCAAAUCCCGUGGGCAUGACACAGACUUUGGUGUGAACACAGGGCAAACCAUCCGAAUGUACAUAAAAUGCAGAUUGACACAUGUGGCUAUAUGGAUGAAUACAUCUGCUGGACACUCUGAUGGAGACUAUGAGGUUUUGUGGUCCAAUGGCUCUUUGUUUCUGGCUGUACCUCUUUCUUCCAGUGCCGUUUGUACAGUGUUAUAUUCAUUAGCUCAACGCAGCCAUUCACAAGGGCUCCGGGAAUGCUAUGUCCUCUACCAUGAAAACAAUCAUUAGCUUCUGAUCUUGGAAUAAGCUGUGAUGUAUGUAGUCAUUAAUUUAGUAACCGGCGUGACAUGCUUGCAGUGGCCUAUCUCUCAUGCAUACAAAGGUUACAGCUGCCUACCGCUGCCUUUAUCGCACUUUGUGUAGCAUUUAUUUGGGCUUAGUGAAUGACUGCAGUUAUUUUGAAGAGUUAAAUAUAAUUUACAUCAUCUGUUUAUAGUGUUUUGUUUCAUAUGGCUCUGUCUCGUGGCAACAGCAGUGACGUCAGCUGAUAAAAACAGAUAUCUGGAAACACCACUGCAGUGUUACCUUAUAAUUUACUCGAAUUAUCUGACGAACGUUUUCGUAAUUCUGGCUCAACAUCUGUUGAGGUGUUCGUGAAACUUAAGUAAUUCUA